UAAUAACCUAACCUCCAUUGGGGCAUUGGGGUUUGGGGUCUCCGUGAGAGCUGGUGAGAGCUUACUGGACGUCGCUUAAAGAUAAGAGUGAGAGGUUAGGAUUGAUCAGCCUGAUUCAGUCAUCUGAAAGCAGCGAGCUGGCUAAAUCUCUGGGCACUGUGCCACUGUGCACCUCCAGAAGUUGCAGGCAGAAUGAGGCUCGUCAGCUUUGUAGGAAUUUUAUUGCUCUUUGAGGUCUGCUUGUUUGUCACUGCAGUCGAUGAACAAAAUGUGGUCAAUAACAGCUUUCCUGUAAUAGUGAUCACCUGGAAUUACACAUCUGCAACGGAGAAAGCAUGGGACGUGAUAUAUAAUCAGAAGAGAAGCGCUCUGGACGCAAUAGAGGAAGGAUGUUCUCUGUGCGAGGAGCAACAGUGCAGAAAAACUGUGGGAUUUGGCGGCAGUCCAGAUGAAUGUGGAGAAACUAUGCUGGAUGCUGUCAUUAUGGAUGGAGUGGCGAUGGAUGUGGGUGGGGUAGGAGGACUGCGGAACGUGAAGAACGCCAUUUCGGUUGCUCGCAAAGUACUGGAGCACACAAAACAUUCCCUAUUGGGCGGAGACUUGGCUACGGAUUUUGCUGUGAAUAUGGGAUUCAAGAAAGAGUCCCUACAAACGGACGAAUCCAAAGAGAUGUGGUUAAAGUGGAAGGCGAACAAGUGCCAACCUAAUUUUUGGAAGAACGUUAUACCGGAUCCAACAACCACCUGCGGACCAUAUCGUCCAAGUGAUAUAAAAGAUGAUGAAAGCACGCUAGUGGGAAGCGAGGAUAAUCAUGAUACAAUCGGUGUACUCGCGAUAGACUCACAGGGACGAACAGCAGCCGGGACAUCCACGAACGGCGCCAAAAAUAAGAUACCCGGCCGCAUUGGGGAUUCUCCUAUUGCGGGAGCUGGCGCGUACGCCGACCAGGAAGCCGGUGCGGCAGCCGGUACCGGCGACGGAGAUAUUAUGAUGCGAUUUUUGCCGAGCUUCCUGGCGGUGGAGGAGAUGCGUAAUGGAGCUUCGCCGAGUGCAGCUGCUAAGACAGCGAUUAACAGAAUCGCCCAGCAUUAUCCUAGCUUCUUCGGCGGGGUGAUCGCGUUGAACAAAAAGGGAGAAUACGGAGCAGCGUGUAACGGAAUGGCAGAGUUUCCUUACUAUGUCGCAAAUCCCACUCUGGGCCCUAAACUACUUUCGGUUGAAUGCAGCAACUAUAAUCCGCAGUGUGAUAAGGACGAUAUUUGCUGAUUUCAUUCAAAUUUUAAUAUGUGAUAACAAUAUACGAGAUUAUAUAAACAUUCCUAAUAUAAUAAUGUAAAUAAACGUUACACUAAAACUUAUAAAAAAAA